GCAGGUGGCGUUGGUUCAAACAGCAUAUAGGAACAGAAAUUACACAGUGAAAACAGGACCGUACUGUAAAAACAGCACUGGAAAAAACUACAACUGAGUCAGUUUUAUCACCUCCUUCGUGCAGUUUAAUAGUGGUCACACCCCUCCUCGAAACAGUGACUUUCAGGUCAAAACCCAACCACUGCGUCGAGCACAUAAACAGAAAAGUUUCUGUCCGGCUGCGAAGUCUCCACUCUUUGCCCCGAGACGCGAAGGCUGGGGACGGGGGCGAGUUUCUUUCUGGGCUGCGAUCCCGAUGCGCUGUCAGAGCGGAGGCAGGGACGGACGCCGGGCUGGCCGGCGAGAGCCGCGGAGCUGGAGGCGGUGCCGAGGAACGGGACCCCCCACCACCCAUCACCCCCGCUCGCUGCUUCCUCCGCCGCCCGGGCUCUUGCCGGCUUCCAUCAGUAGGGGUCGUGCGGUGUCAGCCUUUGUACUUUAGGAGACACAUUCAAAUGGGGGGGGGGGUGUCUCUCCCUUUCUUUCUUUUUCUCUCUCUCCUUCCUUCCCUCCGUCUGUCCUUCACUGCGCAGUCCUGUAACAUGGCGGAGACGGACUGAAAUCUAAGCUUUGAGCCGCGCCGCUGAGGGGACGGAUUCCACAUCCACAUCUCCCGGUGAAAGUAAUUUAUUCUUCCGGGAACUCCGUGUGCUCAGGCAUCCUACACGCUGAGAUCACUCGUUGGACCCGAAUUGCUAAAUUACCGGCAGCCGAAUGAAUGGGAGAGGGAAUCUGCGCCUCUCAGUGCCGCCAUGUUGAGGACGGAAAUCUAAACGAAUGCCCAGAAGCCAGACCAGGUUGGUUUGAGUGCGGUGGCAGUACACUUCCCAACGAUGAGAAAGCCAGGGCCUCAAAAAGUUGCAGAUUGGAAAGAUGGGAGAAGGCAGAAACAAGGCCGGAGUGGCCGCCCAUCCAAUACACCAUCUCCGUAUCAAGAAUUCCCUCUGAGUUAACGAGGUGUAUCAAACUCAAUCAGGUUGAAAGAGGAUCUGGUGCUUUCCUGGCGUAUAAGACAAAUAUACCCUUCUUGGGCUUCCAGCCAGGUCAGUUCAGUUGGGACAAAUACCUUAAGGAGACAGGCGCUGUUGCUGCCCCUUCCUAUUGCUUUAAGCAGUCAUGUGUUCCACCUGUCAACGAGUUCAAGAUCGGGAUGAAGCUGGAAGCCAAGGACCCUCGGAACGUCACCUCGACCUGCAUCGCCACCGUGGUCGGAAUAACCGGGGCACGACUGAGAUUGCGGCUCGACGGCAGUGACAACAAGAACGACUUCUGGCGCUUGGUGUACUCGUCUGAUAUCCAGCCCAUCGGAAGUUGUGAAAAGAACGCGGGGAUGCUGCAGCCCCCUCUGGGAUUUCGACUGAAUGCAUCUUCAUGGCCGAUGUUCUUGCUGAAGACUUUAAGUGGGGCAGAAAUGGCACCAGGCAGGAUAUUUCACAAGGAGCCACCUUCACCCCCGCAGAACUACUACAAAGUGGGGAUGAAACUGGAGGCGGUCGAUAGGAAGAACCCGCACUUUAUCUGCCCCGCAACGAUCGGGGACGUGAGGGGGUCGGAAGUGUUGGUGACGUUUGACGGCUGGAGGGGAGCUUUUGAUUACUGGUGUCGCUACGAUUCUGGGGACAUCUUCCCCGUGGGAUGGUGCUCCAUGACUGGAGACAACUUACAACCUCCAGGAACCAAGGCCGUCAUUCCGAAGAACCUGCCGGCACCUCAGGAGGGGGACCCCGAGAAGCAUAGCAUGCAGACUUCAGUGAAGAGCACGCCAGAACAGCUGGCCAUUCACCGCGGCCGGAAGCCGGGCAGGAAGCGGAGUCGAGUGGGGCAGGUGGGCGACAGCAAGCCGGAAAUGCAGCGCGCCGUCUCGUCCACCGCCAAGCCUGUGGAACCGCUGAAGAUCCCAAAGAAGCGAGGCCCAAAACCAGGGAGCAAGCGGAAACCACGUGCCCUGCAGAACCCAGUCCCGACCUCCCCUACCACCAGCACCCCAGAGCCCGACACCAGCACAGUCCCCCAAGAUGCAGCCACAAUCCCCAGCACAGCCAUCAUGCAGUCUCCAACAGUAUGUGUUUACUUGAACAAAAGCGGCAACCCAGGACCCCACCUCGACAGGAAAAAACUGCAGCAACUACCAGAUCACUUUGGACCGGCUCGGGCUUCUGUCGUCUUGCAGCAGGCAGUCCAGGCCUGCAUAGACUGUGCACACAAUCAGAAAGUGGUCUUCUCCUUCCUGAAGCAAGGUCACGGCGGGGAGGUCAUAUCUGCCACAUUUGACCACGAACAGCACACGCUGAACCUGCCAGCGGUGAACAGUGUCGUGUAUGCACUGCGUUUCCUGGAGAAGCUCUGCCACAGCCUCCGGUGUGACAAUCUCUUCGGGAACCAGCCUUUCAGCCAGUGCAAUCCAGGCAACCACAACUCUUCCGUCUACGAAAGUGACCGCUUCAUGCCAGGUGAGCCCUUUAUCCUGGAGGAUGGUCACCCAGGCCCCACAGAGUACCGUCUGGAUCCCAUGGAUUCCGCCCUUAAUUCUGUAACCCCCUCCAGCCCCAUGAGUAGGAAUUCCAGAGAGUUCCGAGCCUAUCGACCUCUACAACACUCGAUGAGCCUGACGCAGAACAGCGCAGGGACAUUCCGCCGUCUCAGUUCUGGAGGCUCCGACAGGUUUACAGCGUCACGGGAUCCACCCCGUAUGAUCAGCAGAGACCCAUCCAAUUGGGCGGUGGAGGAUGUGAUGCAGUUUAUCCGCGAUGCAGAUCCACAGUCAUUGGGCCCGCACGCGGACCUCUUCCGAAAACACGAGAUCGACGGCAAGGCGCUGCUGUUGCUACGGAGCGAUAUGAUGAUGAAGUACAUGGGACUGAAGCUGGGGCCUGCCUUGAAGAUCUGCUACCACAUCGACAGACUAAAGCUGGGCAAGUUCUAAACUGGAACUCAGCGCGUCAGGAAAUAACCAAAACUCACAAGAGACCCAUGGCCACCACUCCAGGAAGACCUUGCUAUCCAUUUCUGGGUCAGCUAUCUACUGCCAAGGAUCUUUCUUGGAUUCCAGUCAACAGAUCAAUCGUACACUGAAGCCGCAUAGAUUUUGGCUCCAUAGAGCCAUAGAAACAAAGGGAAAAGCCUUUGACCGGACCAUUACACUUCCUACUCGUGUUCUGAACCAGACAAAUAUUUCUAUCCAACUGAGAUGAAGUAUUAUUAACAAAACACUCCAGAUAUUACUGUUGUAUAGCAUUUACUUCUGCCAAUUUAUACCAGUAAUUUUUUUUUUUACUUUUUGCUCUCGCCUGUUGGAUCAGUUUGGCAGUGAUUGGCAUUAAAACAAGCAAGGCCAGAAAUAAUCAGCAAGUCCAACAGCUUCUGUGGAGAGAGAGAGAGAGAGAAAAAAAAGUGUUUACAAUUAACAUCAAUGAAUUUUCAUCGGAAUUGCCAGUAUCUGCAGUAUUUUUGUAUUGGUCGUAAUUAGCGCCUGCUUGUGACUUCAUCACCACUUCACAAACAUGUACACUGUACGAAAGAGUGACAGCAGGCAAUGAUGCCCUGCCUGAUGUCCCAAAGCUAAUCAGUCAAUUUAAAGCAGGGGCCAGCACAAGGACCAGCUUUUGUUGAGACAAGUCGUCAAAUUUAUGGGGCAGACAUUAGACAUAGAAGUGUACAGCACAGGAACAGGCCAUUCAGCCCAUAAUGCUGUGCUGACCCAGCUAAAAAGCAAAUCAAAAACACCAAAUACUAAUACUUCCUACCACACCAUGUCCAUAUCCCUCCAUCUUCCUCACAUCCAUGUGCCUAUCCAAAUGUCUCUUAAAAGCCUCUAAUGUAUUGCCUCUGCCACCAGAUCAGGCAUCCACCACUGAAUUAAAAAACUUACCCCCACAUCCCCUUUGAACAUACCCCCCCCCCACCUUCUAUGCACAUCCGCUGAUAAUAGUGGGAAAAAUGAGUGCACACACCCUCAAUAAUUACCUUGUCUUCAGUGGUCAUUAGAGAUCCCAAGCUCCUAUUUGCUCAUCCCUUCUACCCAUCCCUGAGAUUUUUGUCCAGAACUUUUUUUUCCCCUGAAAUAAGUAUCCCGUUGGAGAGCAGCACUAAAAAUCUUUAAAGAUUACCUUUCUUUGUCACAUGUACAUCAAAACAUACAGUGAAAUGCAUUGUUUGCAUCAAUGACCAACACAUUCUGACUAUGUGCUUGGGGCAGCCAAAAGCGUGGCCAUCUGUCUGGCACCACCCCACAACUUACUAACUCUUAACCCCUAUGUCUUUGGACUGUGGGAGGAAACCAGAGCACCCGGGGGAAACCCAUGCAGUCACAGGGAAAACGUACAAACUCCUUACAGGCAGUAGCGGGAAUUGAACUCCCGAUUGCUGGUGGUGUAAAGCGUUACGCCACCUUGCUGCCAGAAGAGAAACCAGCAAUGUCCAUUCAUGAGCAGAACAAGAUUUCUGCCCACUUAAGAUUUUGUCAGCUGCUCCAGUUCAGACAUUAUUUUGUUUCCAGCCCUCUGAAAAGACCUCAACCUUAUGGUGGUUUGGAGGCUUGCGUGCCUCAGUGACAUAUGUUGGCUGGAGUCAGGGCCUUGUGCUUUGGCUCUUGGUUGGGUCACCCAUGCCAAACAGGUCAAAGGGCAGAGGCCAGACUAAGAGUGGUCCAC